AAAAAAAACAGAGGAGAGAGAAACGAACCAAAAAUGGGGAACCCCUUGGUUUGGUAGGCACAAAUUAUGGUUGCAUGAACAUGGCAGGUUUCGCGGCAAACAUCGGCUUCAACAUCUCGUCCCACUUUCCCUGUCGCGUUUUUUCAAUUCAACGGAGUAUUUGGAAGUUUCAGAUUGUCUGCUUGAAGAGAAGAGAGUAUAGUUCUUCUGUUCCUAUUAGGUACAUUUCCAGCACAUCCUGCAGGGUGAAAAUACUUGAAACUGCACUGCCAGUGAAAAGCCUUGGAUAUUGUAGCUGUCCUGAUGUUAAUGUGCUCAAGAUAAAUGGUGGAAAAGAUGUGCAGGCAACAAUUGCACAUUGUGAAAUUUCUCAAGACCCGAAUGAAAUUUGCCCUGACUUAUUAUUUGAUGACAGUGAACAAGAUUCUUUUGAUCAAAUGGAAGAGGUUGGAGAGUUGACAAUCCAUGAGGGAGGAGACUCUUGUGACCAGGAAUUGAUACAAAUUGACAAAUUUACCAGUGAUGUCGAGGAAGCUGCUAUUAAAUUACUUGCAUCUAGGGCACUCACAGCACUUGAGUUGAGAAAGAAAUUGCUUGGAAAGAGAUUCUCUCCUGAUUCAGUGGAGGCAGUGAUAAACAAGUUCCAGAGAAGAGGGUUCAUCAAUGAUAGGUUGUACGCUGAAACAUUUUCUCAAUCUAGAUGGACUUCAUCAAGUUGGGGGCCAAGGCGGAUCAAACAAGCACUGUUCAAGAAGGGAGUUAGUCAAGCUGAUGCUGAGAAGGCAGUUGAAGUGGUCUUUAAGGACAAUGAUUGUGCCGAAGAUCACAAGUCAGUUAUUGGCUUGUCAAAACAUUCCAUGGAUCAUCUUUAUACUCAGGCCUCAAAGCAGUGGUUCAGAAGUCAGAAUGUACUCAAGGAGACAAGGAAAUCACGAAUUGUUCGGUGGCUUCAGUACCGUGGCUUUGACUGGAAUGUCAUUAACAUCAUACUAAAGAAAUUAGACAGGCAGGACCAGAAUUCUCCAUAGUGCACAAUUGGGACAUCCAACAUUCAUAUCAAUCUGGAAAUUCAUUGGUGGGCUCCAUACAUGUUUCUUGAAAAUGUAGUGUGUAAUAUGGUAGGGUUGAAGCCUCCUUUGGCUCUUAAUGCUGUUGCAAGAAAACUUGUAGUUCAUUGCUUCAAUUUGCUCAAGGCCAUGUGGCAUUUGAACACACAAGACUACACUUGUCUGGGUACAUUGAUGCUACCUUUUUUUUUCUUGUUGAGGCUGAGACAAAAGCAGCAAGCACCACUAAGUAGGUGCUACUUGUUGUGAGUCCACUGUUUCAAUUCUUGUAGAUAUGGUGUGAUAUGAUAUGAUCCAGAAACAAUUGAUGCGUGUGCUUAUCUUAAA